AUGCACUUCCAUUCGUAUCAGCAGAAUGAUGAACAAUCUCAGACUCACUCCACAAAAUGGAUACAUUGCGACCAAUUACAGCGUUCUGAUUCAAAUGCCUUUGAUUUCGAUGGACUACCUCGGAUUAAAGAUCUUAGGGAUUUUCUGGAGCGAGAAAUCGAUGAUAACCUUGCGCGGCUUGAUACUAUACUUACUGCUGAAAAUGCUUCUAUGCGUUCCAAUGCGGUAUUAUUAGAGACAAGAGAAUUCCUGCGCCGUUUUCGGGGGAAUUUUACUUUAUUGUCUGGAUCGAUAAAUAAUUUUUGUAUAGUCGUUCAUUCAGUUCGGCAGAUGCAUGCUGAGCUACAAGCAACUCACCAGAAACUCAACCUCCAAAUCGAACACUCGAAUAGGUUGGAGUCAUUGCUCACAGAUCGAGAGUGGCAAGUAACCAACCAAACUCAAGAAUUGGAUGACGCAGAAUCCCAGUUGAUAUCCUCCACUCGGCUUGUGUCGGCUCUUCAUGACCGGCUAACUAUAAGUCAUAGCCACCUAACCCAAUUAUUGCGUCAACUUCAUAUGUAUGUCCAGAACUUUCAUUCGGAUGCAAACGCAGGUCAGUUUCCUUCCUCCCCUGCUCUCCUAGAGCUGGCAGCAAACUUGAAUUCAGCAUAUACAGAGCUGCAGGAAUCCGAACGACUUCGGAUAGUCGCAGAGCAACGAUUAUCCAGCGCUUUGAUCACAGCACCUCAGCUACCUGGUCAAUUGCUACAAUAUGGAAUCAAAACAUCUGGCUUUUCCGGAUCGAGAGUAGAAACAUCCACCCAAACUCAACAAUUCUCUGUCACAUCCGCUGCAGUGCAGGCGGAAACCUGUGGAGAAGCAUCAAGACCUCCUAUCAACGAUGACAGGGCUACUUGUUGGCAAAGUGGGAAGCUUAUGCCCUAUGUAUUUUCAAGACCAAGUGAUGUGUUGGCCACCUUCGACUCCUCUGAUGAACAUGGUCUAGACCAAGUGACUGCAUUGUCCGAGGCUUUGCGCAACUCAUUGGUACAGAUCGAGCGCUUGAACAAAUAUCGCCUCACACAAAAAGCCAAAUUGGAUCAGUUGCAGCAGCGCUUUGCACAAAUGAAUUCCGAAUUGGACGCGACCGUGGAUGCAUUGCGCCAUCACCAGAACAGUGCGGAAAACGAACGACGCCGCACAGCUUCUGAGCUGGCCGGGUUACGCACACAAUUGGCCAAAGCGAAUGCCGUGUUGGCCCACCAGGGCGCACUUUCCUACAAAUUGCAGACGAAGAACUGCGACUCUAACCAGUAUUGGGAGAACUCACACACCAUCAGUGUUGGUCCGCAAUCAAUCGGGGCGGUUGACGCCUCGGCGAGUUCAUUUGGCAAUCCCCUAAUCGAACUAGAGAUGGCUCGUAGUGAAGUAACUCAGCUGAGGUCUGAAAUCGCUGAGCAACAGGUUAGCAGCAAUCGAGAAACGACAAAAUUACGCGGCCAGAUGGCUGAACUCACUGCAGACUCUCGCGCUUUGAGAAUUCAAGUUGUGCGGUUGCAGAGUGCACUCGCCGCUGCUGGGCGGCCGAGCGAUGUCAACGCGGCAGUCGAGGGCGAACAGGUGUGCGUUAAUUGCCAAAAGCUUCAGCGGUUGUUGGACAUACUGCAAGAAAAGCAAUCCAAGCGGCCUGCUGCCUUAGGUGACUUAUCUGGAGCAGGUAGCACCGCAUCUCCCGAGCUGUCUAAUCCAGAACGCACUGACGUCAGUUCCCGUUCGCACGAACUUUCUGUUGGUUCGCUUCCUAACGGCACAUCGGCCUUUGACGUGGAAGUGCAGACUGAACUUCUAUGGAACCAUAUCCCGGUGUAUAAUAAACAAGAAUUGCCUAUGAAAGAGGAAGCACGUUUAAUGGCGCGUGUGAAUAUACAAGUUGUCUCGGAAAAUAUGGAAGCGAAAACCCCCAUUUCUAAACUGAGCAGCUUUUCUCCUCUUACGGAAAUUCCCAAUGAUCUCAGUCCACCCCCCACUGAUAGCGCACUAAUUGACCCGAGUGUCCCCAACUUUACAAUGUCAGCGGGUCAGCUUGAAACUAUGGAGCAAUCAGUGAACGAUAAAUACACACCCAGACACUUUCCAGUUCUCCAACCUGACAGGAUGCCUGAUUUCGACGCUCCCCCGAUUGGUCUUGCUUACAUGGGCGAAAAAGCGAAUGGGCAAGUGCUAGAUGACCCUACCACAUUCCCAAUUUCACAGCACAAGUCGGCGGAGGAGCUGGCAAAUGAAUUAGCUCUCCUUAGGGUCAUAUUACAUGAAGAGCGAAGAGAGAUAGGGCGACUAAAACAGUGUCUUCUACACAAAGAGGAUUCUCAUUCCUGCCGAACUGCAUAUAUGCAGUCAGUGGUCGUGAAUGGACAUGAUUCGAGUGAUGGUGCGGCAUCCGUUCUUCUAAACGAGCUCUCCCAUGAACAGCUAAUUGCACGUGUGAAGGCCGCAGAAUUCGAGGCCAAGGAGGCCGUCGAUCAACUGAGAGCGAGCAACGCUGAGUUUCUCACUCUUCGAGAGCGACUUUCUCAUGCUGCAGUCGAAAGGGCCCAUUUGAAAUCAACCGUCGAAGGUCUGGACGAACAAGUUUAUCAACUGGAGACAUCACUGUAUGAACGGAUGGUGCAGCUGAACCAUUAUCGUGAUGAGUUGUCAAAAUACGACCCAAAAUACACCAUCUCACCGAUCACCAGAUCAUCCUUCCGUCUCCCACUUGUCCAGAGGGUGGAUUGUUCCAGGCUUAUCAAAUACAUCAGCCAUGGAUCCUGUCGUGCAGCUUUAUUUCGGCGAUCGAGUCACCUUCCGAUUGUACAGUCUCCUUGGAUUUUAGCUCCCGUUUCCUCAGCCAACCGGCACAUCACGUCAGCGAAAUCAUUCCUAUGCAGUCGCUUCUCUGCGUUAACACUCACCUGUGUAACGCGUGCUCGGCUUGCCUCUUUAAGAUCCCGGCUACUGCUCCAUUCCCCACCGAGGCCUUUUGUGAUCGUGGCAUUUAUUGCUUACUUCCUCCUCCUUCACAUUCUACAGCGGAGUCAAGGGCUAUCGCGAGGCGCCCUCGCCCAUUUCAGUGCCUUGUUGACAUUAGAUUUUCGGGCUAUCCGAGCUUGCCGCACACUCAUUCCGGUUGCUCAGUCACUUCACAUGUCCUCUCCGCUUCUGGCCACUGUGAUCGAAAAGGAUGAGAAAGUCCAGUUCACAAACUACGCUCCGCAUUGGUGGGAUCCGCAAGGCCCACUUCGAAUUCUGCAUACUAUGAACCGGCUUAGGGUCCCAUUCAUCCGUGAUGGCAUAUGUCUUUCUGAUACCCCGGCUUCCCCCACUGAUCUCUCACCAGGCUGCUACGCUCCUCUGUUUGGUCGCAAGAUUUUGGACGUCGGCUGUGGCGGCGGAAUAUUGUCGGAGCCUCUCGCCGUACUCGGUGCCGACGUUCUGGGUAUCGACCAGGUGGAAGAAAGUAUUGCCGUUGCCGCUGAACAUGCUGACCUCACGACUCGAUAUAGCCCUUCACCAGUGUUUCGUCCUCCCCAGUAUCGACUGGCCACCCUGCAAGACAUCACACACGAAUCUGCCGAGCUAUUUGACGCGAUUGUUCUAUCUGAGGUUUUGGAACAUGUCACUGAAUGGGAGGAUAUGCUUCAACAGGCUUCUGUGUGCCUCAAGCCUGGUGGGAUGCUGUUCAUUACUACAAUAAACCGAACUCUACCCUCAUUCCUGGUCGCCAUCGUUGGGGCUGAAUACCUCACUAAAACUAUCCCGCGUGGCACACACCAUUGGUCAAAAUUCAUUGAACCUGAUCGUGUCUAUGCGGCUGUUACGAAAAUUGGCCUUCAAAUGCAACAGUUGCUAGGCAUGCGAUGCAAUCCACUCACUGGUCGUUGGUCCUGGACUAACAAUCUUUGUAUCAGUUACGCCUUGAGCGCUGCGAAACCUGUACACCAUUAGAACGAUAUGCUGUUGACCUAUCACAUUCAUGUACUCGUACUUCCUGCAUCUUUCUUUUUACCAAUUAAAUGUAAUUCCUUUUCUCACCCACCACAUCCUUUUCGUCGCUUGCUUGCCAUUGAUGGAUGGCCACACACGUACACAACAUCUCCUCGGUAGUCGCGUUAACAGCGGCACUAUAUCUGUUACAUAUACUACUCUUAGCAUCUGGCCAAUUUGUGGCCACUAAAGCCCUCAAUUUGACGUGCUCACAUCUACUGAUACCACAAUUCCCCGUAGCUCCCCGAAUCAUCCAAAAUGAAAAGUACACCGGCCCCUUUGAGCGCAAAGGUUACAAGCGCUCUUCAAUGGAGGUUAUUACAUUCUGCUUCUAUAAUCGGUUACUCAUACGCUGAUUUUAUUCACAUUGACACAUUGUUUGAUUGCAUACAAAUUCUUUUUGUGA